UUGGUUUCUUUCAGUGAAUCGCUGUGGAAGUGUGUGAAAAGUUGAGCGGCGCAAUUGUGAGAUUCAGUGGUGUCUCAGGAAAAUUGUUGCUUUUCCCACUCAAUCGCAUUCAUAUCGAACCAUUCCUCUCGCGUAAGACCAAAAAAAUAAAAUUAAAACAUAAGGCAGUGCCUCUUUUAACCUUUCGCGUGGUGUCCAUUUGAACUUUUGUGGUCAAUUUUUGGAACUAUGCAUACCUCUACGCACUUUUCCCAUAUUUGGAUGGGAAGAGGCUGGAAAACACGCCUAGUUUUCAAUUUCUCACACGCAUACGGACACAGAGAAAAAUCUAUUUGAGUGCCAGAAGGGGAAAUUGAAGGCACAUGCACAGAGAAAAUUAUUGAUUUUCCACCCUCCUUGUGUGCUAAAGAAAGGACUUUUCUCUAUAGAUUUUUCUUUCCGGUCUAUCCACUGUUUCCUUCUUUUAUUCCCCAAAACAUUCUCUUGUUUUGACUCUAACCAUAUACUGUUGGUUGCAAAAUGCCGUGACAAUGUGAAUUAAGCUGACUAUACUGCGAUCGUGAGGUGGAUGAAAGAAAUCGUGCGAAGAAACUGUUUCGAGUGAUUUUUUUAUAAAUAUAGUACUGCAUUCAAUUGUAAAAGAGAGACAAAAUAUUGUGUUUAUUGAGUGUAUUUUAAAUUUUCCACACAAAUAUUGCUCAAGUGUUUUUGGUGUUGCUUUGAAGUCAGCUUAGGAGUGUCUUCGAGGGAUUUUAAAUGGCUGCACCUGUGAAGAAAGUCCCAAUUCACCUUCAGAGCUCUCAGAAUCGCCUGUACAUCAAACGAGGGCAAGUUGUGAAUCAUGAUCAAAUCAUCUCGGCGGACGUGUACGUGGAGGAUGGAGUGAUAAAAUUUGUGGGUCCAAGUGGAGAAUUUGUUGUGCCUGGAGGAUGUCGGGUGAUCGAUGCUGCGGGUCGUUUGGUGAUUCCUGGUGGAAUCGAUCCGCACACGCAUAUGCAGUUGCCUUUUGGCGGAACUGUGGCCGUGGAUGACUUCUAUCAGGGGACCAAGGCUGCUGUAGCCGGUGGUACAACCACCAUCCUCGACUUCGUCUUACCCAAUAAGGGUGAAUCACUGCUGGAGGCCUAUGAUCGUUGGCGCUCCUGGGCAGAUCCGAAAGUCUGCUGUGACUAUGGACUCCAUGUGGGUGUUACAUGGUGGGCUCCAUCAGUGGCAGAAGAAAUGAGGAUUUUAUGUGAGGAGCGUGGUGUAAAUUCCUUCAAGGUUUUCAUGGCCUACAAAGGACUCUACCAACUCACGGAUUCGGAACUCUAUGAAGUGUUUGAAGUGUGUCGUGAACUCGGUGCUGUGGCCCAGGUUCAUGCUGAAAAUGGAGAUAUAAUUGCCAAAAAUGUGCAAAAGUUGCUGGUGUCGGGUGUGACAGGACCUGAAGGUCAUGAGUUGUCUCGUCAGGAGGAAGUAGAAGCUGAAGCCACAUACAGAGCCUGCGUUAUUGCCCAUCAGACAAAGUGUCCCCUUUAUGUGGUGCACGUGAUGAGUAAAACGGCAGGAAGUGAAGUAGCUCGGGCUCGUGCCAGAUACGGCAAUGUGGGCAUUUAUGGUGAAACCCUGGCCGCUACCCUGGGCACAGAUGGGAGAAAUUAUCAGCAUCAGUGCUUCCAUCAUGCUGCUGGUCAUGUCCUCAGUCCACCUCUACGUCCAGAUCCCACAACCCCGGAAUAUAUGAUGAAACUCCUGGCCCAGGAUGAUCUACAGACGACGGGUAGUGACAACUGCACCUUCAACAAGGAACAGAAGGAAUUGGGUAAAGGAGACUUUACAAAAAUACCCAAUGGUGUCAAUGGAGUAGAGGACAGGAUGUCUGUGGUAUGGGAGAAGGGCGUUCACCUGGGACUGCUCGAUCCCAGACGUUUUGUUGCCGUCACGAGCACCAAUGCCGCCAAGAUCUUUAACUUGUACCCCAAGAAGGGACGCAUUGAAGUGGGAUCAGAUGCUGAUAUUGUAAUCUGGAAUCCACAGGCAACAAGAACCAUUUCGGCCAAAACUCACCAUCAAGCAGUGGAUUUUAACGUCUUCGAAGGCAUGACAUGCCACGGAGUCCCAGAAGUUGUUAUUGUCCGUGGAAAAGUUUGUGUAGAUGAGGGCAAUCUGCGCGUUGCCGAGGGUCAGGGUAGCUUCGUGGAUACCCCAAUUCGUCCACCCUAUGUCUAUGAUGCCCUCGCUGGGAAGAAGACCGAAGAUGCUUGCAAUGGCGUGAAGAAAUUAGAUAUCACACAAAAUCUUGAGAUUGAGAUUCCUGAUCACAGCAACGAUCAACCUCUUUCAUCACGAGAUGCUUUCAUGCUCUCAGGGCAAUCCAUGAGCCUUCCAGGAGAAUCAGUCGCAUGUACACCAUCCGGGAGGGCUCCACGUCAGGAAGGCCAGAGAAAUCUCCAGGAUACCACGUUCUCAAUUAGUGAGGAUCUUGAUACCGAGCAUCGUACUUGCAUCCGAGUACGAAAUCCACCUGGUGGUAAAUCUUCUGGCUUCUGGUAAUUCAUCGUGCAAUAAAGACAACAACAUUUUUCCCAUCGUCCGGAAAUGUUCAGGAGGAAAAUCUCUCCAGCAUAACACAUUAAAUCACUUAUAUAUAGUAAAAUAAUUUAGUAGAUAAAAAAAAAGAUUGUACUUCACCGAGAAUCAAGUACUACUAUUUAGUGUUACUUCUGUUUUUACCAAAAAUAAAAGUAAAAUUAAAAUUUCAUAUUAAGUACCAAAAAAAAAACAAGAAUAAAACUCUACCAAUAAACUAAUUGUAGGAGACAUUUGAUGAGAAUAGAACGAGAUAUUUCUACUCAAAUUAAAAUUAAAAAAAAAUAUUGCUACUGUGUAUUUGUAUGAGAACGCUUUAAUUGAUUAUAUCAAAAUUGAGACAACAUUGAGCAUUUAUUGCAUAGAUUUUUGUGAAAAAUCAUCUUGGUCAGGACGCACACAUAAUAAUAAUAAAAUGUGUAUCUCAUGUAAUGGUUUUAGUUAUAUUGACUCAAACUGUCUUUCAUUUGUGAACAACAAUAUAUAAUGGAAAGUUUUUAUGUAAAA